AUGUCACUAAAGGCGGUUCAAAAGCUUGUUCAUUCGAGAGGUUCAGGCAAUUUCAAUUCAAGCGGUCCAGAUAAACUAAACGAUGGUUACGGAAACAAUCGCAACCCACGAAACAACAAUCAAAGGAACCAGAAUGAUGGGUUUUAUAAUAACAACAACAACAAUGUGAGCCCUAACCGGAUCCCUCUUUUUGUGGGAGGAGGUAAUCAAGGUGGAAAUAGAGGGGGUGAUCGAAGGGAUAAUCGAAGGCCAGUUGAUCAAGAAGUUAACGGUCCACAUCGUCAACAACCUCCAAGGGAAGUAAAUGACCGUUUUAGGCCGGUGGUCACCGACAAUGACUCACCAAUUGUAUGCAAAAGAAGAAUGUUCGAUUGCAAGCCCCAUUAUAUCAACAUACUUCCCAACUUCAAUGGGAGGUCCAAUGAUGAACCAUACACUCAUUUGGCGGAAUUUUCGGCCAUAUGUAGCACUAUUUGGGGGCAUGAUUUUGCAUUGGAAGAAGUCAAGCUUCGGUUAUUUCAGUUGUCGCUUAAAGAUAAGGCAAAACAAUGGUUUCUUACACUUCCGGCAAAUAGUAUUCGGACAUGGGGUGAGAUGCAGCAAGUAUUUCUUGACGAGUAUUACUCAAUGGUGAAGACCAAUGAUGCUAGAGAUGAAAUAAGGUCUUUUCAUCAACUUUCGAGUGAACCGUUGCAUGAAGCAUUCACUCGGUACAAGGAAUUGAUUCGGAAGUGCCCACAUCAUCAAAUAGAAAAGUUGGAGUUAGUUAAAUGUUUUGUGAGAGGGUUGGAUGACGAGACAUGGAAUCACCUCGAGUCAACGAGCAAUGGAACUUUAUUGAGUAACUAUGAAGAUGAUGAUUGGGAAUUUCUCGAGAGGAUGAGCAAGCGGUCAAAGUCAAAAGAGUCGGCCGAUAGAGCUAAAAAACAUCCCGUUUCCCAGUCACUUCCCGAUCUUGAUUCUAAGGAUCGGAUUUCUAAUCUAGAACGGGAUGGUAUGAACUCCAAUACUUACCAUCCGGGUUUGAGAAAUCACCCUAACUUCCGGUAUGGUAACGCCUCGAAUCAAAUGAACCCGAAUUUUCAAUCGGGCAAUCAAGGUGGGCAAGGCAAUUAUCAACGUGGUUACAACCAAAGUGGAAAUGGGGGUGGUACUUCAAACUCGCAAGGUGAUGAUUCAUUAAAUUCUAAACUUGAUGCUAUUAUGAAUGCCAUCACAAAUUCAAAUCAAGAGAUCAAAGCCAAAAUGAAGAAGGAGUUUGAGGUGCGAGAUAAAUCCCACAAGGCAUUGGAGAAGCAAGUUGGGCAACUUGCACAAGAAACGGCUUAG